AAGUUUUCCAUUAGUUUCAUGGUUAAUAAUCUAAUCCUUCUACAUACACUGCAAAAGAUAAACUCCAAAUUAUCACAACUUACUUGCAUACAAUCAAAAUUUAUUCCCAAAAAUGGCAACACUCACAAAACACGACCUUGAUGUUCUCGAGAAAAUUAAGGAUCCAGAGUCAGGUCCUUCAAUUCCUCUCCUUAUUGAUGAUUCGCUUCCAAAAGACCCGCAUAUCACCGAUCCAUCUACAUAUCAAGGAAUCGCACAACGAGAACGGGAUAUUAUUCUCUCAAUGCAAGAUGUAGAACUUCAAAUUGCUGGAUUCAAACCCGUAGCUGAACUUUCACCUUUAUCUCAAUAUCAAUCUUGCGUUCAGAACUUGAAUGAUUUGAUCGAAGAAUAUCCUAAUUAUGCUAGUGCGAGGAAUAACAGAGCACAAGCAUUGCGACGGAUUUAUGGAGAUUUGAUGUUGGUGAAGAUAUCUUCUGCUAAGGGACCUGGAGCUGAUGUAAACGUACCUUUGGAUACGGAAGCAUCAGAGGCGACCAUUAAGCUCGCCUCAUUCAACGCAAUAUCCGACCUAGACAGGGCAAUUUCUCUUUUAGCCCCAAAAACGCCUUGGGCAUCAAUAUCUCCUCAAGCAGCGAAGACUCUUUCCCAAGCAUUGACGCAACGUGGUGCCUUGUAUCAUCUAUCAGCUAAACAACUAAAUUUUGACGCUGAAUCAAGUGUGAGGAUUGACGAGAGGAGAAGGGAGACGAGAUGGAAAACCAUAGAUUUCGAAGAGGCAGCCUCAAGGGAUUUUAUGACUGGUGGGAGGUAUGGGAAUGAGAUUGCGAAGGCAUUGGCUGUUAGUGCAAAUCCGACGGCAAAACUUUGUGGUGAUAUGGUUAGGCAGGCCAUGAAAAGAGAAAUAGGUGGUGGUGAGAGUUAAAUGGGAAUGUUAUGGUUAUGCAUUCUUUGGAGUAAGGGAUGGGAAAUCAUAAGAUCCGACGAUGAAGGGCAAGGAUCUACGAUCCGCGGCGGUAAUACAUGGCGACAUCAGUAGAAUAUCAGUUUUCUUUCCUCAAGGAGACUCCACUUCAUGAGUCCAUUGAACUGUCAGCGGAUGAAUGGCUUUGACUCAUCUUUAUCAUGGAAUUACGAGCUUGGAAAGAUCGUCUGGAAUGAUUUUAGGCAACACUAGAAUUGUAAUGGCCGUUCCUGCACAAUAAUAUUGAAAAGGUUACCGGGAUAUAAUUCAGUUACAAAUUCCACGAUACCUAUCAUCGGGACCGCAUAAUUACUAAGUGAAUUUCAGAUAUUAGUUCCCAGACUGCUAAAGCCACAGAGUACUUUUUGAUUCCGAAUCCCGA